UACGUAGGAGAGGAUGCAGAGAUCUGUCGUCCAAGUAUCAGCGAAAGCCCUUGACCAAAUCGUUGGGAACAGACGAACAGUCAUCAGGGCCCAUCUUUACCCUAGAGAUGCGAGUACGCGUGUACACUCGCAUCGCAACGGCCAGUGUACUUAGGGUAAGGAAUACCGUAUGGGUUGCGAUAAGCUUGUUGAGCUCGCUGGGAGGGUCGACAAAGUUGGGCUCAACCCCCGGCGGUGGAGGUACAAUCCCUCCUUGGGACCAUUGUGAAGACAUGGCGUCGGGUUCUCAAAAGAUGGCGUCCAGCUACGAACCGGAGGAAGAAACUUGCAAGUUUGCGCAGAGUCGGAAGCCCGGCUGGCAGCGGAGAACAUUUCUCGGGGGAGGAAGACUGUUUGUCAGCGCGCAGUCGGACAUCAAGCGCGGUAAUAAAGACAGGCAGGCCGAAACCCAGAAACCAGGCGCGCUGGGCAGCUGCUUAGGGAGGCUUAGGGGGGUGGCACGGGAGCGACACGUUUGGCUGGCGGCUAGGGAAGAUGCUACCCUAUUGCAUUGCCGAUCUCUCAGGCAGGCUGUUGCCCGCCAGUAAAGGAGCUUUCUCCGGCCUUAUAAUAGACCCUCA